AUGAAACGCGAGGACACAGGGUUAUCUGAAUCCGAUAGCUAUAACGAAGACCUCGAAGCCUAUGGCCUAUACUCAGUCAUGUCCCAGGCCUCUCGUGGAGGGCGACGAAUGUCGAGCACCGCCUCCACGUUACCAACUCAGAAUCGAGGGACCCCGAUCGUAAUCUCCUGGGGACCAGAUGACACCGAGAAUCCACAGAAUUGGAGUGUCACUAAGAAGUUACUAGUCAGCUCCAUGAUCUGGUUACUGACGUUCGCCAUUUACAUCGGGUCCGCGAUCUAUUCACCCGGAAUCCCGGACGCAGCGCAACAUUUUGGCAUAAGCAACGUCGCCGCUACACUCGGCCUGACACUGUUUGUCCUGGGAUAUGGCGUCGGGCCCAUGAUUUUGUCACCCCUCUCCGAGCUUCCCGCCGUCGGACGCAGUCCAACGUAUGUCCUGAGCUUGGUGAUCUUCGUCUUCUUCAACUUCGGUGUGAUCUAUGCCAGCAAUCUCGGCAUGUUUCUCGCAUUCCGAUUCCUGACUGGAUUUUUCGGUUCUCCGGCUCUGGCCACCGGUGGCGCGUCAAUGGGCGACAUCUGGAGUCCGCGGACUCGUGACUAUAUGAUUGCUGUGUGGGGUUGCUUCGCCAUCUCGGCACCGGUCUUGGGACCUUUGGUGGGAGGGUUUGCCGCUGCCGCCAAGGGAUGGACAUGGACCAUCUGGCAGCUCAUGUGGAUCUCAGGUUUCACGCUUGUUGUCCUGGUCUUCUUCUUGCCCGAGACGUACGCGCCGACUAUCCUCAGCCAGCGUGCAGCACGGGUGAGGAAGAUCAUAGGAGACCCAAAAUGUGUAUCGGAAUCCGAGCUUCAGCUUCAGGAUGUGACCAAAAAGGAAGUAAUUUUCGAAGCCUUGGUGCGCCCCUUCCAACUCUGCUUCCUCGAGCCGAUUGUCUUCUUCCUUAACCUCUACAUCUCUCUCAUUUACGGUAUCCUCUACAUCUGGUUCGAGGCCUUUCCCAUCGUCUUCGAAGAAAUACACGGCUUCAACUCCGGCGAAAAUGGUCUGGCCUUCCUAGGUAUCCUUGUCGGAACCAUCUUCAUCGCGAUCCCAGGAUACUUUUUCUGGAAAUACCGCUACCAGUCCCGGAAACAGGAUGCGGAAGGCAAUAUCGCACCAGAAGCCCAAUUACCCCCGGCCUGCGUGGGUGCUCUCUGUCUCGCUGUCUCACUGUUCUGGUUUGGCUGGACCGGCAACUUCCAGUCUGUGCACUGGAUCACUCCCAUCAUCGCCUCGGCGCUGUUCUCGGUCGGCGGGUGUCUGAUUUUCAACAGCAUCUUCACCUACGAGGCGCACGCGUACCCACAGUAUGCGGCGUCCGUGCUCGCGGGGAAUGACUUCAUGCGCUCAAGUUUUGGGGCUGCGUUCCCGUUGUUCGCGACCGCGAUGUUUCAUAAUCUGGGGGUCGGGUGGGCGUGUACAUUACUGGGCUGCUUGUCCGUGUUGUUUGUGCCGUAUCCGUUUGUUUUGUUGUUCUUUGGGAAACGGUUGCGGCUGGCAAGUAAAUUUGCGAGGCAUGAUAUUUAG